CGGCGGGACGCGGCCAUGCUGCCCUGGGGGCGAGCGCUGCGGGCGGCGGGGCUUCUCCGCUCGGGCCCCGGGGCCGCCCGCCGGGCGCGCUGCGGCCCGGGCGAGCGGCCGGUGGGGCGCGGGGCCGCGCUGCCCGCGGGGCCGGACCUGCGGCACUUCCUGAGAGGGGCCGCCGCCGGGGAGACGCCGCCCGAGCCGCCGCCGGGCUCGGCCCCCGGGGCCGGGAGAGUGUACUUGGAGACCUAUGGCUGCCAGAUGAACGUCAAUGAUACAGAGAUUGCCUGGGCCAUCCUGCAGAAGAACGGGUACAGGAGGACAAAGGAGCUGGAUGAGGCAGAUGUGAUUCUCCUUGUCACCUGUUCUGUGAGGGAGAAGGCAGAGCAGGCUAUCUGGAAUCGCCUGCGGCACCUCAAGGCACUGAAAGCCCGGCGGCAGCAGGCUCGCUUACCUCUCCGCAUCGGGAUUCUAGGAUGCAUGGCUGAGAGGCUUAAGGAGGAGAUUCUGCACAGGGAGAAGCUAGUGGAUAUUGUGGCAGGCCCUGAUGCGUAUCGUGACCUUCCCCGGCUGCUGGCCGUGGCAGAGUCUGGCCAGCAAGCUGCUAAUGUCCUGCUAUCGCUAGAUGAGACUUACGCAGAUAUUCUGCCUGUCCAGACUAGUGCAGGUGGCACAACAGCAUUUGUAUCUAUCAUGCGGGGCUGUGACAACAUGUGUAGCUAUUGCAUUGUGCCCUUCACCCGUGGCCGUGAAAGGAGCCGCCCCAUCGCAUCCAUCCUGCAAGAAGUGAGGAUGCUCUCAGAUCAGGGAGUGAAAGAAGUGACCCUUUUGGGUCAGAAUGUCAACAGCUUUCGAGAUAUGUCUGAGGUGCAGUUUCAGUCAGCUGCUGCCCCAGUCCUCAGUCGUGGCUUUAGCACAGUUUACAAAGCUAAACCAGGAGGCUUGCGCUUCGCGCAUCUUCUAGACCAGGUUUCUAGAAUUGAUCCAGAAAUGAGGAUCCGUUUCACCUCUCCACACCCCAAGGAUUUUCCCGAUGAGGUCCUGCAGCUUAUCCAGGAGCGAUACAACAUCUGCAAACAGCUUCAUCUCCCAGCUCAGAGUGGAAGUACACGAGUCCUGGAGGCCAUGCGACGAGGAUACACAAGAGAAGCGUAUUUAGAGCUUGUGCACCAUGUGCGUGAGUCCAUUCCAGGAGUGAGCUUAAGCAGUGAUUUCAUUGCUGGCUUCUGUGGAGAGACGGAGGAAGAUCACCAGCAGACCGUGUCCUUGCUGCGGGAAGUCCGCUACAAUAUAGGAUUCCUGUUUGCCUACAGCAUGAGACAGAAAACCCGGGCAUAUCACCGGCUGCAAGACGACGUGCCUGCAGACAUAAAACAGAGGCGGCUGGAGGAGCUCAUUACUGUCUUCCGAGAGGAGGCUGCAAGGGCAAACGAGGCAAUGGUGGGCCAGUCUCAGCUGGUGCUGGUGGAGGGGCCCAGCAAGCGCUCUCCCUCGGAGUUGUGUGGGAGGAAUGACGGCAACAUCAAGGUGAUCUUCCGCGAUGCUGAGACAGAGGAUGCUGCGGGCUGCAAGGCUCCGGUCAGAGCCCAGCCAGGGGACUAUGUGGUGGUGAAGGUAACCUCUGCCAGCUCUCAGACCUUGAAGGGAGUUCUGCUCUGUCGUACUACCCUCUCCCGCUCUGCGGCUUCUCGUUGAGGUAUCCCUGCUGCCAGUGGGCAAAAGCAGCACAUUUUCCCCAGGAAGAAACAAGAAAGCUUCGUCAGGUGGAGAUGGGGUAGAAACAGGGAGAUAUAUUUAUAUAUAUAAAAAAAUAAUAAUUUUUUUUUCUUUUUUCUGUUUUGGCAACAAACUGCACCCAUAGAUCCAUGCAAGUCUGUAGGCAAAAGGGAUGGAUGCUGUGUAUGGACUUGCCAGUGUGAUUUUGUAUUUUCACUUGCUGUCAGGUUGGCCCCCCCUUGCAGUGCUGACGGUCUGUCCUCUGACUUCGAUCCCGUCUUCUGCAGCCCAGCCCGAGAAACGUCUGCCUGCAGAGCAGGUCAUUCCUACUAGCUCGGUUGAGUUUAGGAGCUGCAAAAACUGGUAGUGCCUAGAAAAUAUAGCUCCAGCAGCGGCUGGAGGAUGGAAGCAGUACUGCCAAAGGGCAUGAGGAACUCAGUGAACAGGAGAAGAUUGUGAUGAAUUCUUUCCAAAUAUUGGUAACUUCCCUAUUUGUAAAAUGCUUGGAAAGGGCAAGGAAGAACCUGCACUGUGCUUGUAUGAUGGAAUAUGGCACUGAACUGUGGAAUAUAAAAUGAUGUUAAUGUGCAUGAGUGAUGCUUAAUCUGUUGUAUCUGAGGCAGAGGGAGUGCACCCUUACCCCUGCACUGGGGCUAUUUGGAUGUAGGUUGGAGAGGAAGGAUUUCCCUGUCUCCAGGCCUAAGGGAACGCGUCUAAGGACUGGCUGCCAGCUGAGGGUUACCUCCAGCCUGUAAAAAGUUUAAGUGUAGCUUUGUAAUCCAAACAUCUAUGGAUGUGUUGCUCUUUGCUCGCUGGAGGAGAGAUAUGGCCGUACCAGUUGAAAUGGCCAAUAACUUCUUUAAGUGCGUCUGACAGACCCUUGUUUCUAUCAGCCUGCAGCUAACCCUGGCCACACUGUGUCAUAUUCCAGGCUGAUCUGCUAAAUUCAAACAAACACCCGUAACCUGCACUUGUAAGUAAACUCUCUCUUAUGAGAUGUGAGAAAGAAUCAUCCCUUUUAAUAUAGAUAACCAUGUUAUUAAAAUAAAUCAUUGUAAAAGGCUCUCUCCAGUGUCAAAUUUGGAAGGAACAGCUGAUCAACUCUUAAUAGAGCAGCCACUAUGUGAAUUUGCAGAAUUUUUAAAUAAGCAUGAAAGGGUUUUGCUAGAAAGUCUUCUCUCCUGCUCAGCUCUUUCUGGGAUAUAAUUGUAUCUCUUUGAAAACAGCAUGGUUCACCGAAUAUUCAUCAGGCCUUAAGUUUGAGAAACAAAUGCCUUUUGCUUAUUAUCUCAGAGCUGAUUCUCUUCUUGUAGGAGUGAAAUCUGCACAAUCAGCAUUAGUCAGUGUGAGUGCUAACAAAUACGUACACCGGGCUGUUCUGCAAUCCUGCCUCCAAAUGGGAAAUGGUCUUGGGCCCAGAUGCCAGGUUUUGGACCUCUGCUGCCUAGCGAGUGUAAGCCUUUGACCAGCGGGAUUUUAAGGAAGAGGCAGCGAGAAGCUGUUUGGUUUGAGAUACCAAAGGAAGGAGCAGGAUGUAUAAGCAUCAUCCCUCAAAAGUGACAGGCACUGGAGCCAGUAUGUGCUUGCUAAUUAAAACAACUGGGUAAAUGGCCCAGUUUUCACUGCUCUGCAGCAUCUCUUUCAGCAGGUUUUUCCCAUGCAUCUUGAAACCCUGGCCCAAGCCGGCACCCCCUGGAAAGGGCUAACACCUACUUUUUACUGUUCAUUUUGACCUUCUCCUGACAAGCACCUAUUCCAAGCGAGAAAUGCAGACCGCAGUGCGCCCUCCCCGCUCCAUCCAGCUUUGAGGCCAGCUGUGG